AUGGCUACUCGAGAUAACGGCCAUGCGUCGGAAGCCGUCGACAAGUCGAUGAGGAACACUGACUCCCGAGUAACGUCGAAGGCGAAGAAGACAAACCCAUUCCGGUGGACACUGGGGUUACUGGUGCGACUGUGUAUCUGGUAUGCCUUGCUUACACCGUUCUUCCGCUGUCCUUCCCGCCUCUCAGACUUGAAUGAGUCCUCCCCGCGAGUCUGCAAGCCGUAUCUUGUCGCUCGGUCCUAUAUCGAUCCUCAUGUCGCCCCAUACUACGACGCCUAUGCCGCGCCUUAUGUUGAUGCUACGCGGCCCUACGUGAACCUCUUGAACGAGAAGGUAUAUACACCUUCUGUGAAUGUCGCCAAACACGGUUAUGAAAAAUACGGUGCCCCUGCUUUGAAUCAGGCACAAGCAUUCAGCCAACAACAAUGGGAUGCACAAGUCACCCCUCGCCUGCAGUCUGUCAAAGGGCGGGCAAACGACUUGUAUGCUUCCGAGGUGUCGCCGCAUGUUCAACGCGUCAAGGCUGCGCUGUCGCCCUACUACCAGAGGGUCAACUCCGCCAUCCGAUCCGCCGCCCAAAACUACAUUCUGCCGUUCUAUGCCCGCUCCAGACCUUUUAUCGGGAAGACUUAUACCUCUGGACAGGAUAUGCUAGCUACCACAGUUCUGCCUUAUGCGCAAAGUACUUGGUCUUCUGCUAUCUCCUUCGUCAGUAGCUCCUUGUGGCCUAAAGUGACUGGUCUAUAUUCGGAAAAUGUUGAGCCUCAACUGGUGAAGAUCGGCCAGCGACUCGCGAGCUACCGUGAGAGGAAGCGACUCCACAGUGUUGUCGAUGAAUCCGACAGCACGACGACCAAAGUGGAUCAAUCAACCUCCUCGACCAUAUCUUCAGUGGAAGCAGUCAGCGUCGAAUCCCCGUCUACUCCUUCGGUUGUGGCGGCUUCGCCAACUCCCCAGAAGCUCACUCCUGCCCAAAUAGCUGCUCAGGCACGCGAAAGGAUUGAAUCUGAUCUGCAAACGUGGGAGGAGAAGUUUGCGGUGGCCGCGGGAAAUGCCGUGGAAGAGCUCGAGGCUCGCAUCGUCGAGAUCAUUGAUGCCUAUAUUGCGACCCAGGCCAAGGACCAUGGCGAGGGUCUCUUGGCAGAUUUGCAAGCGGUGGUAGAACAGGAGACAUCUGCUGUAAAGGAUCGUAUCAACUCUCUGGCAGAGUCCCUCCCCGCCGAAGAUGCCCCCGAGGAGGAGGAAAAGGCGCAAGAAGCGCUUGUUAAGGAAGUCAGAGACUCCGCAUUUACCAUCAGAGAUCGUGCUCAUGCCCUCCGAGAGUGGCACAACUCGUUUGAUGAGGAGCUUCAGCUUCGUGUCUCUGCCGCUGCUCGGUCAACCCUCAGUGUCCUGGAUAGUAUCCACAAUCUAGGAUUCCAAGAAAUUGGAACGCGCUGGGCCUGGAUGGACGGUGUGACCUACAAAGAUUGGGAGAAAUACCAUUCCCUCAAAGCGGCGUUUGAAGACUGGCGCACGCAAUUCCUCAAUGAUAGGAUGAAGCAUCCCAAGCUUGAAGAAGCCAAGUCUAUUGCAGAAGAUAUCCUCUCAAUCGGUAUGGAUGCUGCGGAGUCCGCCGCCAAGGAGCUUGCUAGGCUGAAAGAGGUCGGCAAGUGGAAGAUCACAGCUAGGGAAGUCAGUGAUAACUUUGCCACGAGGUCUGAACCUCCUCCUCUUCCACCGAAGCCCAGUGUUGCCGAUGAGGAGGAUGUUCCUGGGGACAUGGAGGACCAUGAAGAGCUCGAAGCUCAUGCCAAAGUCGACGACUUUGAUGGGGAAUUAAACGAAUCUUCUGCCAAAACCACCAUCGAAUCCGAAAACAACAUCAUGGAUUCUGACAAUGUUUCUGAAGCGGAUGGUCGCGAAGAGGCCAAUAUGGACAUCCCUUUGGACCGUGCAGCAGAAGAAACGGAAUCUACCACUAGCUUUGAUGAUGAUGAAGCAGUUCUGGAAGAUGUUAGAGAUGAGCCCACCAAGCCGGUGUGGGGUGCUGAAGCAGCAGCCGUUCCCCCUGUGCACCGCGUGGUUGAUAAUAAUGAUGAUCUGAACGGUGAUACAGAAGAAGUCGAAGAAUUGACCCAGCCGCUCAAGACAGAUGAAGACGAGGAGACCUCGGCUGACGGGGCUGACUCCCGCAGCACCCAAACAUCGUCGGAGACCACUGAUCAGAAGGAAUCCCCACACACCUCUGUGAAGGAAUUGGUGAAUAAACUUCUUGCUGACCCGGGCUCCGAUCUUCCUGAGGAUGUUAAGCUCAAACUUCAGGCUUUGUACGAAUCGCCUGAUUUGAUGAAGCCCACAUCAUCCGUCGACUCUGAGGAAGAUGUGCCUACGUCCUCUGCAUCACCAGCACCUGUGUCGAGCAUCGUUGUUGAGGAUGAGAAGAAUACCGGUGAAGAAGCUGUGGGUAGUGGUUUCGAAGAUAAACCUGUGAGGAAAGACCUAUAA